AUGUCUUCACCAUAUCUUAAGAGCUUUAGACAUUGGCAACAAUUCAAAGGUGCUAGUUGCUUAAAUAAAUAUUCUACAUAUAAAAAGGAAAUUGAAGAAAAAAUUAAUGAUCGUUAUAGAAGCACGAAUCCAAAUUUUUACACACAAUGGCAUCAAUUAAAUGAACAAAUAAAACAAAAGAAUAAUGAGAUAAAGAAUUGUGCUCAAAGAAAUGGUUUAUCACUUGAUUUACUUGAAGAUGACAAAAUAAAAAGUUUUAGUGCAUUAUGUCCUAAUAUAUCAUCUUGUCGUACGAAACCUCUAUCUCUUGUUAAAAAUCAAGCUUCAUUACGACCUGAUACAAAAGGAACUUGUAAAGGUGAAAGUUGCCAUCAAAAAAGCACACGAAUUAAAUCACCAAAAGCGAAAACACAAUUAAUACCACCUAGAGAAAGCUCAAAUACGAUAAGUUCACCAAACCUAGAAACAAAAAAUCCAGUUGAAGUACAUCCUGAAAGGAAAGAAUCAGAMCAMCCAAGUGUACCUUCGCAAUCACAUCAAGACUCAAAGCAUCGUGUUAGUCCUGUUAAAACUGAAGUUGGAUCAUCUGAACCCUUAGAUAUUCAGAAUCCUAAAAAACCUCAAUUAGAACAAGCCUCGGCACAAUCUGAAUCUCUCCCAGAACCUGUCACAACUACUGAAUUAAGUAAUCAUCAAGUUUCUCAUUCGUCAUCGAAAAGCGCUUCGGAGGAAUUUGAUGCAACUAGUUCUUCUCAAGAAAUUGAUUUAAAAGGAAUAACUCACCAAAGUGGUAUAUCUGCUGAUCAAACGUCGUAUGAUAAUCUCCAUAGAUUACAACCCAUUAAAGGAAUAGCGGAUGGAAAACAAGACCCUGAUAAUGAAACAGUUCCUGUAGGAAUUAAAGAUGGUUUAUCUCCUCCUGGAAAUGUUAUGAUUUCUACAAACGUUGGUGGUGAAAACCUAGCUCGCACAUCUAUGGGUGAUGUAACUUCAAGUAGUACAGAUACUGCAUGUUCAGUUACUGAUAAAACGAAUAUUCCUCGUUCACCUACCUGUGAUAAGACAUAUAGUGAUAGAUCUACUAAUCGUGAAACUCCUGGUGGAUUUAUCGGUAAAAAAGUUAAUGAAAUAGAUGCUAAUAACGGUAACAUACUACAUACACUAAGUGAAUUUUUCAAUGGAAUACCAAAUAACCCAGAAAUCAUAAAAACUUCAGCACCCAUAGGAAUUGCUCUGUUAUUGGGCCUUCUUUUUAAAUUCACACCUUUGUGGAAAGUUCUUACUAAAAAGAAUAGGAAGAAAGGAGCAGGUAUCAAUGAAGAAUUGAAUAGUGUACUGCAAGAACCUUCAAUUAUGGAUGACGAAAGAAGUAUCCCGUUUUCAUAUGGUGCUUUUGAAUAUUCAACAUUUGAUCAAAAUUCAUAUUAA